AUGAAGGAGAACAAGUUCUUUGAUAUCAUGGAUGCUCGAAUAAGAGAUGCCUGCAAACCAGAACAAGUGAUGGCAGUGGCAAAGCUAGCAAGGAGGUGUUUGAAUUCCAAGGGAAAGAAGCGGCCGAAUAUGAGACAAGUGUUUACCGAGUUGGAGAAAAUAUGCUCAUCUCCAGAGGUAAAGAUUGAAAAUGACGAUGGUGUUGAUGAUGAAGAGGAAGAAGGAAUGAGCAUGAUACACAUAGCUGAUUCAUGGACCAUUGGUGUUACUGCUCCAGCUUCUAGUAUUGUCCCUUCGUCUCCCUCGCUAGACGUCGAGCCAUUAUCUCCUCGUCCCACAUGUACAGCAAGAGAAGCAACCACCAUGAGGUUCUAUAGCAGCAAUUAUUACUCCUUGUCGGUUCUUGUCUCUCUUCUACUAAUUAUGCUCAUCCUUGAUUCAAAAGCUGAAGCUCUAUCGAGCUCGUGUCAAUCCGAAUCGUGCGGAGAUGUAAAGAUCCCGUACCCCUUUGGAAUUCAAGAAGGUUGCUAUCUCAACGAAUUGUACAGAAUCGAAUGCAAGAACGCUACUUUCCCGUUCCUUAUCAAGAUUGACAUGGAAGUUAUGCAUAUCUCGUUGACAGAAGACAGUUCAUUCGGGUCAAUUCGUGUCAGAAGCCCGAUAACCUCCGUUGGAUGUUCCAGAGAUGGAAACGAGACUGGAUCGGUUUUGAAUUUGAAGGAUACCCCUUUUUUCUUGGGGACUAGAAACAGCCUCGUAGCUCUUGGUUGCAACAGCAAGGCAUCGUUGACUAACAUCGAGCCCAUCAUGGUGGGAUGCGAGUUGAGUUGCACUGGAACUGGAACUGCAAGCAACGAGAUGUUACCUAGCGAAAGCAUCCCGUUUUUCGACAAAACCGGGUGCUCCAGCAACGCCUUGCCUAAUACUUACACUCCGGAGUGCACAAAGAACACAGCGGGAGAAAACAGAAGCUGCAACGGUAACGGAUGCUGCCGUGCUAGUCUACCGAAGGAUUUUGAGGCUCAACAGGUGAUCGGCGUCAGAAUGGAGAGCUCUGGUAUUCAUGGAAACUCGACAAGCCGAGAAUGCAGAGUCGCUUUCUUAACAGAUGAAGUCGACUACAGUUUAUCGAAUGUGACCAAACCACAAAGCUUUUUUGCUGAAGGGUAUGCUACAGUUAGGUUAGGAUGGGUCCUUCAGACGAAGAAUCUUUCCUUCCUAAACUCGUUGAGCUGCACAAACAGAAAAGAGUACGCUACUUAUACAUAUAGUAUUCAACACAGAACAAGCUGCCUAUGCGACGACAUCACCAUUUCUGGGACCAAUUAUGCAAGCUGUGAAUGCAACCAAGGUUACAGAGGCAACCCAUACCUCUUUAACGGAUGCGAAGAUGUUAAUGAGUGCAUUUUACCUAUUGAAAAUGGCGGCGUGUACUGUGGUAAAAGACAAACUUGCGUGAAUGUGGUUGGGGGUUUUCAUUGCGUGCUCGACAAGACUCUAGCAAUAUUGAUAGGAGUAGGUGCAGGUUUUGGCAUCUUGGUCCUAGUUGGUGGUAUCUGGUUUCUGAGAAAGUAUCUUAAGAAGAGAAAGGUGACUCAGAGGAAAAAGAAGUUCUUCAAACGUAACGGUGGACUAUUGUUGGAACAACAACUAAAUACAAGAGAAGGCAACGUUGACAAGACAAUAAUAUUCAGCUCAAGAGAGCUUGAGAAAGCCACUGAAAACUUCAGCGAUGACAGGAUACUUGGACAAGGUGGUCAAGGCACUGUGUACAAAGGAAUGCUGGUUGAUGGUCGAACUGUUGCUGUCAAGAGAUCCAUAGCGGUAGAUGAAGACAAACUAGAGGAGUUCAUCAACGAGAUCGUCAUUCUCUCACAGGUCAACCAUAGACACGUCGUCAAGCUCCUCGGGUGCUGUCUUGAGACCGAAGUUCCUGUUCUAGUUUAUGAGUUUAUCCCCAAUGAGUACUACGGGUCUAGUCAGUAUACAGAUAAGAGUGAUGUUUAUAGCUUUGGAGUUACCCUCGUUGAGCUUAUUACAGGAGAGAAGCCUAUAAUAACUCUUCCGGGUUCUCAAGAAAUAAGAGGCUUGGCAGAUUACUUCAGAGCUGCCAUGAAAGUGAACAAGUUCUUUGAUAUCAUGGAUGCUCGGAUAAGAGAUGCCUGCAAACCGGAGCAAGUGAUGGCAGUGGCAAAGCUAGCAAGGAGGUGUUUGAAUUCCAAGGGGAAGAAGAGGCCAUAUAUGAGAGAAGUGUUUACCGAGUUGGAGAAGAUAUGCUCAUCUCAGGAGGAUUCAUUGGUAAAGAUUGGAACUGACGACGCUGAUGAUGAAGAGGAAGUAGGAAUGAAUAUGAUAGAGAUAGCUGAUGUACCGACCACUGGUGUCACUGCUCCAGCCUUCAGUGUUGUCACUUCCCUUUCCUCGUCAGAUGUUAAACCAUUGUUUCCUCGCCCCACAUGUACAUGGUAA